AGUGACGUGUUAUGGUAAUGCCGUUUUAUGGUAGUGACGUCUUAUGACAGUGUUAUGGUAAUGCCAUCUUAUGGUAGUGACGUCUUAUGACAGUGUUAUUGUAAUGCCGUCUUAUGGUAGUGACGUCUACAGAACUAUAAGUGUUACGUGACGUAUAAUUGAUUUUUCAACACGGCAAAAAUGAGUGUCGAUGAAACAAAUAAUAUUGGAACUUCAACUGUUUCACCUCAAUCAAAGGGCCCUGUUGUGUUGCAUUAUGAACAACAAAACAUGACAAGACGAUCCACUCGUGCGGAAAUAAUGGCGUUGGGUGCAUCUACUGUGAUUGGAAAUGAUAGUACCACCCAUCAAGAACCGCAUCCUGGCCAGUGGACAUUGGUGAAGGACAUUAAUAUGGAGAGCAGGGAACCGCAAAAGGUAUGGAGGCAAACAACAAGAAAUGCGACACAACACCUUGCUGAAAUCCUGAAAAACUCUCUUCUUGAACAUCCCCAUCCAGAGUUGAGCCAGCAGGCGAUUGCAUGUUUAGAAGAAAUGAGGAGAAACUUUACUUGAUGUUGUAUAUAAUGAGUUACGAAAAUGACGAAGUAAAAGUUCUUCA